UUUGUGGGCUUGCGGGGUUGGAACAUUCCUGGUUUGACGACCAGCCUGCGUCUUCGCUGCCAUGAUUUGCUGAGCAAUUCGAUCCUCGCCCCGAGGAUGUGUGUGUAUGUGUGCGCGAGCGCGCGGAGAGGGGAAAAAGACAGUUGCAAUGCUAGAAUGAAAAAGCAGCAUAAAAACUAAAGAGAGUGGUCCGUGUAGUACCUGCUGCGUGUGAGCAACUUCACUUGAGUUUUCUUUUUCUGCUUCACUUCGCCUAGUUGACUUUGUACUCCAUGAGCUACGCUCUCUAUCAGCUCAGCCGUGGCUACCUAAAACGAGAGAAACUAAGGAACUGUUCACUUGCUUUGCCCCCUUUACCCAUUGCCUUGCACAUCGUGUGUAAUGGAGGGCCCGGUGCGGAUUUGCUGCUUUAAGAAUGGUUUUUGCUGCUAGGGUGUCUGGCUCUCUUCGUUUUCUCUCCAUCAGAAGGUGUGCAUGUGGGGUGUGUGUGUGUGUGACCACUGGUUAGCAUCCUGAGGUGAAGCAACAUCAUGGAAGACAGAGGCCUAAGAGGCCUGACGUUUCUGUCCAUUUUACUGUGCAUUUGCCAAACCCUUCUUCUCAACUGCCCUUUUGCAUUAUCUCUCUUAUUCCACACACAACCUGCCUCUGUAGUUCAGAAGCAGGGUAGCGCUGUUCACCUGCACUGUUUGGUGCAUCCUGCCUCAGCCACAGUCACUUGGUUGUUCCAGGGUCAUGCCCUAGACCCAGGGUCGAUACCAGGGGUGGAGGUUCAGCCUGACAAAAUCUCCCUACUCUCUCUCCAGCCCCAAAACACUGGCACUUACCAGUGUGUGGCACACUCAGACACAGGCUCCAUCACCAGCCAGUGGGCACAGGUAACCAUCGCAGAUAUUAAGGAGUUUGGACAGACCCAUCGGCGGUCUUUAGUAGAAAAAGAAGGGAACACUGCUGUUAUUGAGUGCCGGCUACCUCGGAGUAAUCCCCCGGCUUUGCCACGUUACAGAAUACGGGGGAAAUGGCUAGAGGUGUCUACAGAUGAAUAUUUAAUCCUCCCCUCUGGGAACCUUCAGAUAGUCUCUGUUUCUCCAGAGCAUCAGGGCAUGUAUAAAUGUGGAGCUUAUAAUCCUGUUACCAGAGAGGUCAAGGUCGAGCCCUAUGGCACUAAGCUCUUGGUGAAAAAUUCAGAUGGUCCUUCCCUUGUGGGGAUAGUAUAUCCAGUCAAGUCUGUCAACCUUUCAGUGGAACAGGCCAUGUCCUUGGUUCUGGAAUGUGUAGUAUCAGGAAAUCCCUCUCCUGUUGUUAAAUGGUUGAAGGAUGGCCAAGAGCUGCCACUUGCUCCCAGACUGAGACUUCUGCACAGUAAUCUGGUGCUGAGAGAUGUUCAGAUAAGUGACAGAGGAAAUUACACAUGCUUUGUUCAAGUAGAGGAAGGUGUUGUGGCCAGUGCCAACUAUACUGUGGAUGUGCUUGGGCCUCCUAUUAUAAUAAAAGGUCUGAGUGACCAGAUGGUGAAAUCUGGCUCAUUUGUGCAAUUCAGUUGUGCCACCUCAGGAAAUCCUGUUCCUAACAUCACCUGGUUCUUCAACUCUUCCCCAGUUUUAUCCUCACCACGACUCCAGAUAUCAAACUCCACCCUGCGUAUUUUCUCGGUCACUGUUCAGGACCAGGGCAUGUACCAGUGUGUGCUAGACAAUAGGAUUGGCUCUGCACAGUCAGCUGCCAGACUUAGCAUUCUGUUGGAACCUCAGCCCAGCACUGCUGCUACUGUGGACACACCACCAACUGUCCAUCCAGUUCAGAGUGAUGAAGGAGAGGGGCUGUUCCUACCUUCGGAGGAUGGUCUUAGUGAUGCCAAUGGUUCAUUCACAGAGAGGGCCAGUGACAAGGCCAGUGACAAGCCCACUCCAGAGGCUCCAAUCAUUAUCAGUCCACCACAAACACAUAGACCCAAUGCAUAUGAUCUGGAGUGGCGGCCAGGUCGAGACUGGGGCAGGCCAAUUAACGCCUACUUUGUUAAAUAUCGCAAGGUAGAUGAGAUGGGCAAUGUGGUGGGCAGUUGGCAUACAGUACGAGUUCCAGGUAGUGAAAGGAGCCUCCACCUAUCGGACCUGGAGCCUUCCAGCCUGUAUGAGGUGCUAAUGGUAGCACGCAGCAGUGCUGGUGAGGGCCAACCUGCCAUGCUUACCUUUCGAACGGGAAAGGAGAAGAGCUCCUCCUCCAAUAAGAAUCCCUCCAAGGCCCCAUUUGUGUCUUUGCCUGAGAAAGCCCCCGAAGACAAAAACAUCAAUACACACUAUGGAGUGGUCAUCCAUGACAGAGUUCCUGAGGCCCCAGAUCGACCAACCAUCUCUAUGGCAUCAGAGAAUUCGGUUUAUGUCACAUGGAUCCCACGGGCCAAUGGUGGUUCUCCAAUCACAGCUUUUCGUGUAGAGUACAGGAAGGGCCGUAAUGCGGACUGGAUCAUAGCUGAUGAUAACAUCUCACCUCUCAAGCUGUCUGUGGAAGUGCGCAACUUAGAAGCAGGUUCCACGUACCGUUUCCGUGUCAGUGCCAUGAACCACUAUGGUGAGAGUCCCCACAGUGCCACCUCCAGGCCAUACCAGAUAGCGACAGCGAAUUCACCGGUGUCCAACCGACCUGUGGCUGGCCCUCACAUCUCUUCUACUGAUGCUGUCAGUGACACGCAGAUCAUGGUGCGAUGGACUUACACCACUUCCAGUAACAACAACACCCCCAUCCAGGGCUUCUACAUCUACUAUCGACCUACAGACAGUGACAAUGAUGGUGAUUAUAAGAGAGAUGUGAUAGAAGUUAUGAAGCGCUGGCACAUGAUUGGUCAGCUCCAUCCGGAGACGUCAUAUGACAUCAAGAUGCAGUGCUACAAUGAUGCUGGAGAAAGCGAUUACAGUAAUGUGAUGAUAUGUGAAACUAAAGCACGUCAGCCUCCAGGUGCUCCCAGUCAGCGGCCAAUCACUCCGCCAGCCAUGUACCCACCCAAUUCAAAUUCUCAAGCAGGUGGCAUCUUGUACCUGAUUGUGGGCUGCAUUUUGGGUGUUAUGGUGCUAAUCCUGCUCAUCUUCAUAAUCAUGUGCCUGUGGAGAAACCGCCAGCAGCACAGCAUGCACAAGUACAACCCUUCCGGUUACCUGUACCAGCCUGCUGAGAUGAAUGGUCACAUUAUGGAGUACACAACAUUAUCUAGUUCCAGCCAGCUCAACAGCAACAUGCAUGGUAGCUAUGGGAACAGCGGGUCCAUCAUGCCCCAGGGUUGCCAUCACCUCCAUCUUAAACUCCACAAUGGUCUGACAUUACUAAAUGGCUCAGGCCCUCUCUACAGUCUGGGUCAUUCCCACAACCAUGACAGAACUGUGCCCCACAACAAUGUGGACUUUGAGCAUACACACGCUCACCAUAUGCACAGUCGAGGAAGCAUGUACACAUCUGUACCCCAGACGGACUCUUCUGACUGCAUGAACUGCCAGAACCUCUGUAACAACAACAGGUGUUACACAAAAGCCAAUGGCAAUUUCUCAGGUGACCUAAAGCACCACUUGGUAUCUUGCCAGCUUGAUGGUCUUGAGAUGGUGCCUCUGAACCAUGGCUCACUCCUAUGCCAUGGUAAUGACAGCCCAGUGGCACAGGGGAUUUGCGAGAGGGCAGAUGUGAUCAAGGAGCAGGUUCAAGUGAACUCAGACUCAACAUCAUCCCAGAAUUCUGAGAGUGGAACCGGACAAGAAAUGCCAGGCACCAACUACAGCAGAGAUUCAGUACAGUGUGUGAACUCAGACGAGCCGCUGAUGUGUUUGGAGAGGCUGGACCUAUCUGAUUUGGACUGUAAAGAGAAAAUCGCCUGGAACUCUACUGCAAGUCUAAAUGGAGACCUUAUCCACCGUACAGCACAGGAGAUUUGAAUUCACAAACACACAGCAGCAUUCAGCACACACACGCAUUUUCGCAUACACAUUCCACACAUGCAUACCUACACAAGAACAGUAGACAAUGAAGAGACAUGAAAAUGUAUUCAGAGAAAAAGAAACAGCUAGUGCUGAAAUGCUCAGACUUAACCUGAAGGACACUGUAUUCACCUAUUGUGCUGGAUGUGAAUGAGGGAGGAAUGGGGGGAAAGUGUGUAGGCACAGAAGAGUGGAUUUUGGAAGUGCUAUCUCUCUGUUCCAUCUGUACGAAGGAUUUUUAAAAAAAAAGAAAAAUUCUUUAGAUGGCUUAUUUAUUUUUUGUAUUAGUAAAAUAUUCUUUCAUAUGAAUGUAUCUCUUUUAAGAUAAAAAGUUAGUCUUUUAUAUUAUUUAUGCUUUAUUUUAUUUUUUUGUUGCCAUUUUUAGUUUUCCCUGCAUUCCACACAGUUUGGAGUUCAGCCAUUGUAUGUAAAGUUGUGUAAUAAUAUAAAGAAGACAUGGUAGAGUGUA